UUGUUAAAGAUGUUCAUGAAGAUUCAGUCACGAUAUCCUUCGAGAACAACUGGCAGCCCGAAAGGCAAAUCCCCUUUGGCGAUGUGCGGCUGCCCCCACCCCUGGAGUACAGCAAGGAGAUUUCCGAAGGGGAUGAGGUGGAGGUUUAUUCCCGAGCCAACGAGCACGAGCCGUGUGGCUGGUGGUUGGCCAGAGUCCGCAUGAUGAAAGGAGAUUUCUACGUCAUAGAAUACGCCGCUUGCGACGCCAUCUACAACGAAAUCGUCACCCUGGAGAGACUGCGGCCCGUCAACCCCAGCCAAGUGGCCACGAAAGGCAGCUUCUUCAAAUUCACCAUCGCAGUACCGGAGGACCUCAAGGAAGCCUGCUCGAAUGAAAACGUACAUAAAGAGUUCAAGAAGGCCGUGGGUGCAAACAGCAUCUUCCUCAGCUCCACCAGCAACGAACUAGUCAUCCUCUCCACAAACGAAUCCACCGUCAAGAGGGCAUCUCUGCUGGGGGACAUGCAUCUCCGCAGCAUCCGGACCAAGCUGAUGCUGAUGUCGCGGAACGAGGAAGCCAACAAGCACUUGGAGACAAGCAAGCAGCUGGCCUCAGCCUUCCAGGAGGAGUUCACGGUGCGCGAGGACCUGAUGGGCCUGGCCAUUGGCACCCACGGGGCCAACAUCCAGCAGGCCCGCAAAGUGCUGGGGGUCACCGCCAUCGAGCUGGACGAGGAGACCUGCACCUUCCGCAUCUACGGGGAGACCCCGGAAGCCUGCAAGCAGGCCAGAAGCUUCCUGGAGUUCUCCGAAGACUCUGUUCAGGUCCCCCGCAACCUUGUGGGGAAGGUGAUAGGCAAGAACGGCAAAGUCAUCCAGGAGAUCGUGGACAAGUCAGGCGUUGUCCGGGUGCGGGUGGAAGGCGACAACGACAAGAAGAACCCCAGGGAGGAGGGAAUGGUUCCGUUCAUCUUUGUGGGGACACGGGAGAACAUCAGCAAUGCCCAGGCGCUCUUGGAGUACCACCUCUCCUACCUCCAGGAGGUGGAGCAGCUGCGCCUGGAGCGCCUGCAGAUCGACGAGCAGCUGCGCCAGAUCGGCCUGGGCUUCCGGCCCCUCUCCAGCCGGUCCGACAAGGAGCGGGGCGGCUACACGACUGACGAGAGCACCUCCUCCUCGCUGCACGGCACGCGGACCUACGGGGGCAGCUACGGCGGGCGAGGCCGAGGGCGCAGGGGACCCAACUCCGGCUAUGGUGCGGAAGAGGGUAGCGGUGGGCUGCCGGGGGGUCUCCCCAGAAGGGACUCGCAGAGCGAAUGGCUCUCGACGGAGGGAAAGGCCACCCCCCAGCCAGAGUCUCUCCAACUCCCCCCCCAGUGACCUCCUGCUUACAUUUCUCCCUCCUCCCCCCCGGGGCGGGGGCGGGGCCCUGCUCCCGUCCCCCGAGGGGGCAGCAGCAAGUACUCCAGCUCCUCCAUCAGUUCAGUCUUGAAAGAUCCUGACAGCAACCCGUACAGCCUGCUGGACAACACCGAAACGGACCAGACGGCAGACACCGAUGCCAGCGAGUCGCAGCCUGUCAGCAACCGCCGGCGCCGGUCCCGCCGGCGCCGUACCGAUGAAGAUGCCACGGUGAUGGACGGGGGCCUUGAAUCGGACAGCGUGUCCAUCAGUGAAAACGGCGUGGAGGAAGAAUCUAAGCCUCAAAGACGUAACCGAAGCAGGCGCCGGCGUAACCGUGGCAACCGUGUGGAUGGCUCCAUUAGCCGAGACCGCCAACCCGUUACGGUAGCAGAUUACAUUUCCCGAGCAGAGUCUCAGAGCCGUCAGCAGCCCCCACGCAAAGGAAGCCGAGAGAAGUCGGCCGAGGGAGCCGCAUCCAACCAGAAGGGCGAGGCCAGCAGCAAGGCUGUCAACGGCCCUUCGGAGAACGGGGAGCACGCGGCUGCCGCCGGCAGCGAGGAGGGAGCCGCCCUGGUGAACGGGGUGGCCUAAGCACCCUCCUCUUCCUCCUCCUCCUCCGCAGAACGAACCGACCCCUACUUUCCGCCUGCUUGCAACAUCUUAAGAGAAAUGAAAUAAACACCACACCGAUCUCUCGUUUAAGAACAAAACCAUUAUUUAAAACAAAAAACACAAACCAACCCAAUCCCAAGGUAAUUAUCUUGUGCUCGUUAAAAGCUUGCCAAAGAUGGAAAACGUUUUUUUCCCACGGCUCUUAACACAUCCUUUUGAAGCUUCGGCGGUGGCAUCCAGGCCAGGCAGCGGAAACCCCCCUCUUCUUUCUUGCCUGCUUUCCGCCCUCUGUCGAGGUGGGGGCUUCUGACGCUACCUGAGCUCGUGACCCCCCUUCCGGGAGGCGUGGACGGAGUGGGGGGGGGAGGAAAACGGUGACCGACACACGCAUCUGUUUUUGGUGACGUGACCUUUUUUUUUGCUUUGAAACAAAUGAGAGGGGGAAAAAAAUAACCGGCUGUUCAAACUGGAGACAGGAGAGGGGGAGAGAAACCUGUGCCUUCUGAUAACGCAGACACACGCACCCUAGCACAGAAUGCUCUUGUGGGGGUUUUUUUUUUGUUCCUUUACUCUUCGACUAGUUUAAAAUCGAAGGCAAGGAGUCCGUCAUGUGCAGAGGGAAGGCGGGAGAGCUGCCCCCACCCCAAGUGCGGAGGCUUCUGUGGCUGUUUUGAGACCCCCCCCCCCCCCCAGCAGCACUGGGCCCUUUGCUGGUGUGACGGGGGUUCUGCGGGGGAGGUGGGAGAAGGGGGAGGGUGUGGAGCUUGGUUUUCUAGGCCACACAGAUGUGCGUCUUUUUUCCUUUCUUGAAACACUGUGGAAGACGAAACAGGCUGAGGACAAGCUGACCAGGCGUCGCUCGCCGCCACUUUGGUGGCAGCGGCGGCCAGAAGUUUGUAUGUUUGUGCGUGGGGAAAGGGGGGAUUUGAUCUGUGACGGUCGAGACUAUUUAUUUUUCACUGUACAGUAUUUAAAGAGAAUAAAAAA